AUGACAGUCGCAAGUAAGGUAUUAGUGUUAGGAGCUGGUUGCUUCUGGGGAACCGAACAUGUUUUUGCUAAAGCAUUCGCAAACAACAAGGGAUUGCUCAGCAACAUUGUUGGUUACGCCAAUGGUGAUGAAAAAUUCCACGGAGUUUCAUAUCAACAAGUAUGCAGCGGUAGAACAGGUUACGUUGAAGUUGCUAAAUUGACCUACGAUCCAGCUCAAUUGUCAACCGAGUCGAUCAUUGAUCUUUUCUUUAGAAUGCACGAUCCUACUCAACUCAAUUCUCAAGGUCCAGAUGUUGGAGAUCAAUACAAGUCAGCAAUUUACUACACUGAUGAAGAACAACACAAGGUUGCCCAACAAUUGAAGGAAAAGUUUCAAAAAGAAUGGUACCCACACCACAAGAUUCAAACUGAAAUUGCUCCAUUGAAGGUAUUCUAUGAUGCUGAAAGUUACCACCAGAAAUACCUCGAUAACAAUGUUGGUGGAUACGAAUGUCCUACUCAUUACAUUAGAACCGAACCACCACGUAAUGGUUGA